ACGAGUUGAGUUCACCAAUCAUGGUGCUCUGUGGUGUGGCGCUCACCAGUGUUGGUAGUGCGUCAUCAAAUGUAACAGUUUUUGACCGUUUGAAUAAAGACUUCUCGUACCAGUUUGUCAAUGUAGCUAGCUAGGUAGUUAGCGAACGCCUGGUCGAGCCAUAUAGCUAGCAACACCUGGCUAACCUACUUUGCUAACAUGAACUCCUGUGCCAAAUUGUUCAUUUUGAUAGCCAUCGCAGGAGUUUGUGUUAUCUUGUAUUUGGCCACUUUGGACGAAAAUGUUACAGCGGACCUGAAUUGUGGAAAGAGACCAGAGAGACCAUCAACGAUGUUGCCAUUUGACUAUGAUGAUUAUGGUGGUGGUCAGUUCGUUGGUGGCACUCCAAUUGACCCUAGUAUUUGGCCGUGGCAAGUCUCCAUCAUGCACCGUCCGACCGCAGCAGAUCCUUUUCAGCAUCACUGUGGAGGAGCCAUCAUCAGCCAGGACUGGAUACUGACAGCUGCCGUAUGUGUUCAUGCACCACAGCAUCGCCUUUCAAGCAACCUGAUAGUCAAAGCUGGGACCACGGAUGCAAACCACAAUGACGCGAACACACAGGAAUUACAAAUUGAGAGGAUAGUCCCGCACAAACGCUUUAAUCCUAUCACACUGCGAUACAACAUUGCACUUCUGAAGUUGAAACCCCCCCUUGUAUUCAACACCUUUGUGGAUGAAAUUUGCAUCCCAGAUAAUUCCAAUGUUGAAGAACAUCAGUAUGGUAUCUGCCACAUCACAGGCUAUGCAGGGCCCAAUGCAAACACCAGCAUUUUACAAGAAGCAGAAGUGAAGAAAAUUGGCAAUCCCAAGUGUAACAUGCCUAACUGGUGGAACUACAAAGUGGCUGGGGACAUGUUUUGUAUGUCUCAUCCCAGUGGCAUGGGUGGUCCUGAUGGUUGUGAGAUGAAUCUUGGGGGCCCUGUGAGCUGCUUCAUGCCUGCAAACAACCGCUACUACAUCUAUGGGGUGCGGGUAUAUACCAAGGACUGUGGUGUGCCUCGGCGGCCCAACAUUUACCUCAAAGUGAGCAAGCAUUUCUACUGGAUUCAAAGAGAAGUUGGGGACAGCACCCCCCCUAUCCUUGCACCAAUUCACAGUCGCUCUUUGGCCAUGUGUGUGCUUUUUGCUUUCCAGUUUAGCUAAAAUGGUGAUUUGACAGUUUCCACACCAGUUACAUUUGUGACAUUCUAUUUAUUAAAUUUAAUUUGAGAGCAGUCUAAAUAUUUUUAACUAAACAUAUGAUACUAUAAAUAAAAGUAUGGAGCAAAGGAUUUUGAGCGCUGUUAAGCUUUGAUAUCUCAGACGACACAAAUGAAGGUGACACCCUCCCACACACUUACCAAAAGUCAUGCAGAGUAAGGUGAUGUACCUCAAGGCAUGACUGACUGACUCAGCCCCCCAUGGGUAGGACGCCCCUGGUGGCAGGGAGCAGCGCCAUAGACACCAGGCUUGGAGGGGUGGGGGGGAUGAAUAGUAGAGACAGUCAAAUGUUUGCCAUGCAACAUCAGGGUAGAUGCUACUGUACGUAGUGACUUUUUUGUUGAUGCAGAUUGUAGAACAUUGGGUUGCCUUGUCUUUGAUAUCUCAGAUGACACAAAUUAAGUAGACUUUACCCCCCACAUACCCUCAUACCAAAAUGUAACUUGCCUGCAAAUGUUGUGAAAAGCUGAAGUUAAGCCAAGAGAUCUAGAAAACACUCGGACAUUCAGCUGAGAAAGAUGGCAUUUUCCUCUGUAAUAAUGUGGUAAUGCACAAUAUUUUCAUAAUCUCUUUUCAUUAGUCUCCGCCACAGCAUCUCUUUUCAACACUUUUAGGCAUUCAGCGACUGAGCAGCCCAACCACAAAUGACAGAAGUGGGUGGGCUGUUGAUGUUCAAAAUGAAGUGACUGUCAGGUUGUAACACCAAAUCAGACAUCAAGUGGGAGAGGCUGUAGCGGAAACCAGCGCCUGUGAAAAGAGACUAGUGGCUUUACAGAUCACAGAGCAGAGACAUGCUGACAAAAGCAGAUUUUUAUUGUUUCAUUUUGCUAAACCAAAUAGAAACCAAAUGAUCCCCAUUGACAACAUGACCGAACGUUGGUCAAAUAGGACACGUUUGCCUCUG